AAGCAGAGUCCGCCCUCGCACGCGCUGGACAAGUUCGUUCGAGCGCGCGCACAAUUCAACCCUUCCGGACAGGGCGCGAGCGCAUCCGCGGACACAUCUGCGUUUACCUGCUCUGCGCGCGGACGAGCGACACAGAGAUACGCAGACACAUAGACAGCCACGCGCUCCAUCAUCCAGCCCUGCGACACGAGGAUUCUCUCAGGGAGAUGGUGUGGAUGGACAGAUGAUCUGAGUGUUUGCUCUGUUUGCAGGGUGAUGAGCUGUGCCCUCUGAGACCGGCAUUAUUAUGGGCUGUGCUUGCUGUAAGCUGAGGAAGACCUCCAAACCCUCUGCAGUGUCAAUCGCUAACUCUUGUGGAGCAGAGGACCGAGUUCAGGUGGACAACCGUUACAUCCCAGACCCAGUCCCCAACUCGGGGGCGGGGCUUAUUCCUAAUUACAAUGACUUCCCCAACACUGGCCCAGGGGCAUUUUCUUCAUCCAGCUUCCCCUCCAACGUCAGUCAGCCACGCUCUACAGCCAUCACAGGAGGAGGUGUAACACUGUUUAUAGCACUGUAUGAUUAUGAUGCCCGAACAGAAGAUGAUCUGACCUUUCAGAAGGGAGAGAAAUUCCACAUUAUCAACAACACCGAGGGAGACUGGUGGGAGGCUCGCUCUCUGGACACAGGGAAGUCUGGGUACAUUCCCAGUAACUAUGUGGCUCCUGUGGAUUCCAUACAGGCUGAGGAGUGGUAUUUUGGUAAGAUGGGUCGUAAAGAUGCAGAGAGGCAGCUCCUGGGCCAGAAUAACCCCAGAGGGACGUUCUUAAUAAGAGAGAGUGAGACGACUAAAGGGGCAUACUCUCUAUCCAUCAGAGACUGGGAUGAUGCAAAGGGCGAUCAUGUCAAGCACUAUAAGAUCAGGAAGCUUGAUAACGGUGGAUAUUACAUCACCACGCGGAGUCAGUUUGAAACUGUUCAGCAGCUUGUGGUGCAUUACUCAGAUCGUGCAGCAGGGCUAUGCUGUCGUUUGAUUGGUAGCUGUAGGCGGGGUAUGCCUAAGUUAGCUGACCUAUCGGUGAAGACUAAGGAUGUUUGGGAGAUUCCGAGGGAGUCACUGCAGCUCAUUAAGAAACUGGGCAACGGGCAGUUUGGUGAAGUGUGGAUGGGUACUCACGAUGGUUUAUGUUACUUCUUAACCAAGGCGUGUCCCAAUUCCACACCCCAGACGCUGGGUUUGGGACGGGACGCCUGGGAGAUCUCGCGGGACACACUGCAGCUCAAGAGGAAGUUGGGUCAGGGUUGCUUUGGGGACGUCUAUAUGGGAAUGUGGAAUGGAACCACUAAAGUAGCAGUGAAGACCUUGAAGCCUGGCACGAUGUCCCCAGAGGCCUUCCUGGACGAGGCCCAGAUUAUGAAGAGACUCCGUCAUGAUAAGCUUGUACAGCUUUACGCUGUGGUGUCAGAGGAACCCAUUUACAUCAUUACAGAGUUCAUGAGUCAAGGAAGCUUGUUGGAUUUCCUCAAAGAUGGAGAAGGUAGAAGUCUGAAGCUUCCUCAGCUUGUGGACAUGGCUGCACAGAUUGCAGCUGGCAUGGCAUAUAUUGAGCGGAUGAACUACAUCCACAGAGACUUGAGAGCAGCCAACAUCCUGGUCGGAGAUAACUUAGUCUGUAAGAUUGCUGACUUUGGACUUGCCAGACUCAUUGAGGACAAUGAAUACACCGCCAGACAAGGGGCAAAGUUUCCUAUAAAGUGGACUGCUCCAGAGGCAGCACUCUACGGAAAAUUUACCAUCAAAUCAGAUGUUUGGUCAUUUGGCAUCCUGUUGACUGAACUCAUCACAAAAGGCCGAGUGCCUUACCCAGGGAUGAAUAACAGGGAGGUGCUGGAGCAGGUGGAGCGUGGCUAUCGUAUGCCCUGUCCACAAGGCUCUCCAGCCUCCCUGCAUGAGCUGAUGCUGCAGUGCUGGCGAAAAGAUGCAGAUGAGAGACACACCUUUGAGUACCUGCAGGGCUUUCUGGAGGAUUACUUCACUGCCACAGAGCCGCAGUACCAGCCGGGGGAGGACCUGUGAUUAAAGCGCACCUGUAAAAUGAUUCAGUUGCUCGUCAUGUGCAUUAAACAGGUUUUAUAAGAGAUAUCAAUGUGAAAGUCUCCAAAUGAAUGUAUGAGAUGAUGUGCAACAUAUAAUCAUCACUUUAAAGGCGUGCCUCACAUGGAAGUCACUUUUUACGACGUGCAGGAGCUGUUUGCCUUAAAGUAUUCAUUUUGUUUUUAUAUGAAGUUUAAAUUGUAGCUUUUCUUACAUUGAUGGUAAUACACUGUAAUGCUGAGGAAACUGUGUAUAGCGACACUGCACACACAGUGUUGUAUUGAAAUGGUAAAGACAUGAAAUUACUAAAAGAAUUCACACAGGACUUUGUAUGUGACUAUGUGCACACAUAGACAUUCUUUAUGUCUACAAAACUUCUGCCAGAUCAGUCUGAAUAACCUAUCCAUCCACUGUGAGCACAUUCCUUUGUAUUCAUUUCCUGUGUACUGUGUUAAUUUUGCCAUUGCCUUUGUAUUGCUUACUGUAACCUUUUUAUCAGAAUCUGUAUGACUUUAACAGUCGGGAUGACCCUGAACCAGUACUGCUGUACAAUGAUGGAACUUUGUGCCUUGAAAGAUGAAUCUGCUACAGCAGGUCGUUAAAGUUUAGCGAUUCAUCAAAAUCAGGUUUAACAUCUGCCUGAGAUGGGAAUUAUUAUCUAUCAACCUUUUUUACACUGUAUUUUUCAUUUUACAUCUAUAUAAUUUUUUUUUCUUUUUCUAAUUUAAUGAGUGCCUAUUAAACUAGUGCCUUCCUUUAUCGUCAGUGACCACAGCCUUCCAUUUUACACUGAUUAUUUGAGUAUGUUGUGUCUUUGUAUGCUUUCCAUUACAACAACCUGCUCUACAUGCCAUGUCUCAUGUGUCAAUUGUCUCCAAUACACACAAACACACCCACCCACACACACCACUACCACCUAGUAAUGACCAGUGUUUAAUUAUGGUGCCCUCUGGAUUUUUGACACCAUUGGGAAAGAUGUGCAAAAACUAAGAAAAUCUGCAACAUAAUUGUCAAAAUGUUUAAUUACAUGUACAAUUUAAACGUUUUUUUAAAACACUUAAAUCUUGGGUAAUGGUCCUCUAGCAGCACCCCUGCAACCCACUUGGGCUGCAGUUUUCAGGUUGAAUUUGACUGUAACGUUACAUUCCAUAAUAUACAGUGGUAUGCAAAAAUGCAGGCUCCCCAGUGGACAAAUGACCUGAUUUACAAUGAAGACAUGCAGUUAAAUAUGACCCUUACUUAUAUGUAAAAGGACUUUUUAGUCAGCAAAAAGUCUUUCUAUUCCUUCACCUGUACUUCCUAGCAAAAUGUUUCUAGUUCUGUAAGAAUUUGAACUGCCCUGCUGCUCUUCUCUUUUAAGGACUUUUUUUUACAGAUUGUCAAUGAUGUGUUUGUCAAGUUGGUGCAUGAGACAUUGUAACACCUUCAUCUUGCACAUCCUAAGGUAGUUAAUUGUGGGUUACAAAGUUGCUUUAUGAUUGUUAUACUUCAUCCUCAGCUUUUUGCAGAUGGUCUAAUGUUUGCUUCCAGAAUUUGCAGAUGUUAUUUACUUUGAAUGCAUUCUUUUCUCUUUUGCUGAAAUGUUACAAACAAACCAUUUUAGCUGUCCACAGAACAUGUUUCACAAUUCAUCAUGUUGGUUUGGAUACACUGAAUGUUGUGGUGAGAUUGCAGGGGGAGGUUUUCUUCUGAGGAAUCUUUAAUAAAGGU